CGCCGACACAGCGUUCCUGCGGGGGCGCGCGCGUGCACCCUAAUCCCCCGCCUUCCGGCUCCGGCGGCGACGCUCGCCCCUCGCCGCCGCUGCCGCUACCGCGCCACCAGUGUCAGCAACCCUCUAGAGACUCCAUUUGCUUUCAGGGCAGUCUGGCCGCCGCGCUGUCUGGCGGAGAGCGAUGCCCCCGGCCCGCUGACUGGCGUCCCCUGGGCCAAGCGCUCGCUCGCUGCGGCGGUGACACCCUGGUCGCCGGCGUCCACGGAGGAAUCCGGGCUCCCUCCGCGUGAGCAAAGACGUCCCGCGCUCCGGAGCUCGCCCUGCGGGGAGAGGCCCUCGCUAACACGGCUUGUCUCUGACCUCUUAAUUUCAGGAGGUUUCGGAGGCACGGAGUGCUUAUACAGCUCCCCACAGGAACUACUUCUGUUGGCCCAUCGAGGAUCAUCUUUCACCAGGAUUAUUUUAACAUCUUCACUGAGCCUUCCACCUCAUACCCUCUGCCAUGAGUUCUGAUUUCUACCAAUGAAGUUUUUAAUGCUUUCUUUAAUCAUGUGACACCACCUCUUGUCCACCUUUUGCCUUUCCAGUUGCCAAAUACAUUAGGUGUAAGUUUGUGUCAUGUUAAAGUACAAAGUUUUCUGCUUGUCCAUUUUCACCUUAUUUGCACUGCUCACUUCUGUCCAGCUUGCUUUACCUCGCUUGCCUAUGAUUUUCAUAACCACUCACUUGAUAAUCUCUAGCAGUCCUGCCUAGAAGAGGCAGCAUUCCAUACAGUGCACUGCCUGACAAAGACAGAGGUCAAGGGAUGAGUUUUUCCAUUAUUUGUUCCUAUACGUCCUGUCUAUAAGUCCUCUCUUAAACUAUUCCCUAGCACAUUUCCCAAAAUAGCCCCACCUGAGUCUUAGUUCCUUUAGCAAAGUAUCUCAUCUGUAAUGAUGGCAAGAACUGAAUACAAAAUAAGACUGUUUUAGAGACCUUGUUGGUACGGUAUUAGUUGCAAUCUCCUUUGAGAGUGCAGUACAGGAAAAGACCUCAGACUGAGUGAGGAGGAAGAAAGAAGACAGGGUUAAUUAAAACUAGUCCUUGUAGAAAGAACUUUGUAGGCUUUAAAACAGCGAAGUGAAGAAAUUCUUGGUAGGCCAGGCUUGGAAAUUGACCAGCACACCGUCCAUCUAGGUCUAGGCGGGGUCAAGAAAGGGAUCAUAAAACCCCAUUUUCUAGUCUCACUGUAUUCAAGUCUAAGUUGUUAAAUAUCUUUCUUGUUCUUAAAAUGUUGGGGAAACGUAAGCGUGUGGUGUUGACAAUUAAGGACAAGCUUGACAUUAUUAAGAAACUUGAGGAAGGCAUCUCUUUCAAAAAGCUUUCUGUGGUGUAUGGAAUUGGUGAAUCCACAGUUCGUGAUAUUAAAAAGAACAAAGAAAGGAUAAUAAACUAUGCAAACAGUUCAGAUCCUACGAGUGGGGUAUCCAAACGUAAGUCAAUGAAGUCAUCAACAUAUGAGGAACUGGAUAGGGUUAUGAUAGAGUGGUUUAACCAACAGAAAACAGAUGGGAUUCCAGUGUCUGGAACAAUUUGUGCAAAACAAGCCAAAUUCUUUUUUGAUGCUCUGGGGAUGGAAGGUGAUUUUAAUGCGUCAUCUGGCUGGCUAACUCGGUUUAAGCAGCGCCACGGUAUUCCAAAGGCUGCUGGUAAAGGAACAAAGUUAAAAGGAGAUGAAACUGCUGCCAGUGAAUUUUGCGGUAACUUUCAGGAAUUUGUUGAGAGAGAGAAUCUACAACCUGAGCAGAUUUAUGGUGCUGAUCAAACUGGAUUGUUCUGGAAAUGUCUACCAUCAAGGACAUUAGCUCUUGAAACUGAGCAAAAUACCUCUGGUUAUAGAUCAAGCAGAGAGAGAAUCAUUAUUAUGUGUUGUGCAAAUGCCACUGGUUUACACAAACUUAAUCUUUGUGUUGUGGGAAAAGCAAAAAAACCCCGUGCAUUCAAAGGAGCUGACCUUUCAAACCUUCCUGUCACUUAUUUCAGUCAAAAAAGUGCAUGGAUAGAACAUUCUGUUUUCAGACAGUGGUUUGAAAAAUACUUUGUGCCACAGGUGCAGAAGCAUUUGAAGUCUCAGGGGCUUCUAGAAAAAGCAGUGCUUCUUUUGGAUUUUCCCCCAGCACAUCCAAAUGAAGAAUUAUUGAGUUCAGAUGAUGGCAGAAUAAUUGUGAAAUAUUUGCCACCAAAUGUCACAAGUCUAAUUCAACCUAUGAGUCAGGGAGUUCUAGCCACAGUAAAAAGAUACUACCGAGCAGGACUUCUCCAGAAAUACAUGGGUGAGGGAAUUGACCCAAAAAUGUUUUGGAAGAACUUGACAGUGUUGGAUGCAAUUUAUGAGGUAUCAAGAGCUUGGAACAUGGUAAAAUCAAGUACCAUAACCAAAGCAUGGAAAAAACUUUUCCCUAGCAAUGAAGAAAAUUCAGGCAUGAACAUUGAUGAAGGAGCUAUUUUAGCAGCUAACUUAGCAACGGUUUUACAGAAUACAGAAGCCUGUGAACACGUUGACAUUGAAAAUAUUGAUCAGUGGUUUGACUCUCGGAGUAAUGAUUCAAGCUGUCAGGUGCUAACUGAUAGUGAAAGUGCUGAGGACCAGGCCAAGCCUGCAGAACAAAAGCAUUACAAUAAGACUAGAAAAGCAGAUCUGAAUCCAGAGAAACAUAUUAGCCAUAAGGCUGCACUUGAAUGGACCGAGAAUUUAUUGGAUUAUCUAGAACAACAAGAUGACAUGCUUCUGUCUGAUAAACUGGUAUUACGGAGGCUUCGAACGAUAAUAAGAAGAAAACAGAAGAUCCAAAAUAACAAAAAUCAUUAAUAAUACUCUUAAGUGUGUUUGUAUCUUUGUGACUUUAUCUGCAGUGGAACUUCAUUAUCAUGUUUGAAGUGCUGUGGAUUUCAAGACUAAAUGCAUUUUAUAAAUGAUUUUAGGAUUAGACACCAUUCUGGAUUACUUAAAUUACUGCCCUAUCAUGUUGAUUCUAGUAAGUGAGCAUUGCCCUAUAACUUGUUUGUUUACUCUUUCUAAUCUGUAUUAUAAUAGUUAGAUCAUAAAGUACCUGAGGCCAGGGAUCUUUUGUCUGUUUUGUGCCUGAAUUUCAUUGUGUCUAAUAGACGAUCAUGCACACUCUAGGCAAUCAAUAAAUCUUACUUAAAUUGAAUUUUUAUGACUUUCUCUGAACUUCAGUUUCCAAAUGAAAUAUGUUGGGGGGUAAGUUUCUGUUUCCAUGAUGUUAUCACCUGCUGAAAGUUUUAGAGCUUAACAAAAAUUAUGCUUGAUGUAUUUCACUGUGAAAGCAGAGAAAUAAAGGAAAAUAGUCUCAAGCUUAAAUAUGGCAUUCUAUACCAACAGUAUUUGGGCAGUCAGCAGUUCAUUUUGGCCAUCUCUGAAUAUAAUGAAGGAAGAAGAAAUAAAAAAAUGUCUCCAGGGAAAGGGCUGGCAC